UUUUUUUUCUUUUUCUUUUUCUUUUCUUUUAUAUACAUAUUGCACAUACAUGAGUGAACAAAGUCAUUCACCCGCUUUAAGGUCGACUUCACCUCGAUUAUAUAGAAGAGACCACUCACCAUCACCGAGACAUAAUCGGUUGUAUUCACCCCGUUCUACAAGAAGUUCUAGUUCACGUUCAUAUUCACGAUCCCGCUCACGUUCGAGAUCUUAUUCACGUCGUCGUAGGUCACGUUCCCGUUCUCACUCUUACUCUCUUUCACGCUCUCGUUCUCCUUAUAGAAGUAAUUCGAAUCGAAAUUAUCAUCAUUAUUACUCACGAUCUCCACCUCAUCAUCACAGGAGAUCACCUCCUCCGCGUCAUUAUCGUUCAAGAACACCACCUCCACAUUAUCGUCGUAGACCUCCCAUCAAUAAAGGUUGUAGAGUUUAUGUUAGUAAUCUAUCCUUUGACGUUACUUGGCCACAACUCAAAGAUUUUAUGAGAGAAGCUGGACAAGUGACACAUGUUGACAUAUUGAAAUUAGCAAAUGGACGAUCAAAAGGCUGCGGUAUAGUAGAAUAUAGAUAUCCAGAAGAUGCUAAAAGAGCAAUUCACAUGUUAAAUGAAGCUAAAUUUAUGGGUAGACCUGUAUUUGUGAGAGAAGAUCGUGAUUAUGAACAUUCGGGUCCACCUAGAGACCCUCAUGAUGCACCUGAUGAUUGUCGACUUCAUGUUAGCAAUUUACCUUUGAAUGCAAGUUGGCAAGAUAUGAAAGAUUUAUUUAGAAGGGCUGGUCGAGUGUUACAUACUGAUGUACAUACGGAUAUUGGAUCAAGGAGACCUAAUGGUCAUGGCACUGUGAUUUUUGACGAACCUCGAUUUGCACGCACUGCUAUUGAAAUAUUUAAUGGCUAUGAAUGGCAAGGUCAUAGAUUAGAAGUGAAAGAAGAGAGAUAUAUGGAAAGAUUAGUCAACACGAAUGAUAAUAGUAAACCCUCACCACAAACAAUACAAACAGAAAUAUCCAUAAACGGUAAUCAUACUAGAUAUCCUUUACCUACUUCUGCUCAUGAAUCACUACAGACACCACCACCACAAAUAGCAGCAACAGCUGUAGUAGCGCCAACAACAACAACAACAACAACACCAACAACUGCACAACCAUUACCAAUGAAAACAGCAGAUUUGUACAAUAUAUACAGAUACGGUGGGUUAGAAACUGCAAAUGCUUUACCGCCACCACCACUACACCAUCCCCAUUUACCACCUCCACCGCCCUUGCCUUUAUAUGCUACUAUGGGCUUAGUGGGUGGUCCUGCUGCUAAUUUGCCUACUCAUGGACAUAAUCAAAUUUUUGUGAACAAUCUUCCAUUUUCUACUACAUGGCAAGACCUGAUUGAUUUAUUUCGACAUGUAGGACCUGUCAUAAGAUCAGAAAUAUUAACUACAAAUGGUCAUCCAAAAGGUGCUGGAUUUGUUCGAUUUGAAGAUGCUGCUACUUGUGAAAAAGCAAUUGAACGAUUCAAUGGCUACAUGUAUGGUGGACGUUGCUUGGAUAUUCGACUUGAUAAAUAUUCUACUACAAUUUAAAUAAUAUAAC